CGACUUCCACAAUAUAUACACACAACACGUAUUCCCACUUCUCGGACACGGAGCAGAGCAGAACAGAGAACAGAACAGAACCUAUUCUUUCUUUUCAAGUCACAAAAUUUUUUUCCCUUUCCCUUUCGCUUUUCUUUUUCACCUUUCUCAUCAAUCAACCCCUCAACUCUUCUCAACAAACCAAUUCUCUCAGCCUUAACAUGAAUGGGCAUAGAGAAGACAACUCCUAUUGCUAUUUCCACCCAAAGGAGGUGGUUGUGGGUGUUUGCUCUCUCUGCUUGACCGAGAGGCUUCUCAUCUUGGCUGCAAAAAAGAGCCACCAUGUUUCUUCAGCCAGAGGCAGAGCUAGUGCUCAUAGAACUCCAAGUGGCAUGCACAAGAAGCCACCCAUUAGCCUCCCCAAGAUCUUUGCUUUCAGCUCUUUCCUCAAUCGACAGUGGAAACCAAAUUACUUGGAUCAAGAGGCCUCCACCAGCCAAGAAGACUCGUUCAUAUCAAUCAAGUUUGAAGAGAAUGGAGUUGCCUCAUGGGAGAAGAACAGAGUGUCUAAGGUCUCUCUAGAGCAUUGCAACAUGUCCUGGAAUCACAACUUCAGCAAGGAAGCUAAGGAAGCUAAGGAGGUCAAGGAGGCUAAGGACACCAAGAGUGUGAUAGAGCAUGGGAAAUCCCAUGCGCCACUUAGGUGGCGGAAGAGGAUAGGGCACUUGUUCCAGCUCAUCAGAUGGAAGAGGUCCAACAAGGGCAAUGUGUGCCAUGUGAGCAGCAAGGUGGAAGGAGUCAAGGUAAGGAAGGGUUGGAUGAGAACCCUGACAAAGAGAAGGGGGGCCAUGGAAUAAAGGGGGUUGUACAGAAAGUGACACAAGUCUUUUCCUCCACCAUACUCAUCUGUGGGUAGAAGCUCCAUAAAGUCAUAUAUUAUUGAGGGUGGUAGAGUCAAAUUCUUUACUUUAUCAUUCCCCUAAAAAAUGUGCUUUUAUCUGGCUUUCAACUCUCAGCCUUCUUUUCUUUUGUUUUUCCUUGAUUUCUUUAAACAGUACAGGUUGUAAAAGGGUUCUUGAAAUAUAUGCUUUGGUUUCUCAUCGUUAUAAAAAAAAAAAGAAAAAAAAAAGAAAAAAUUCAUUUGUAGUUCCUCUCCAUACCAAACAUGUGAAAGCUAGACCCACGUUAGGUUCACGAAGUGGGAAACAAUGGAGCAAAGGGCCCAUUCUUCUGGAUCUGGAACUUGUCUAACACUUGUCUUGAUGGUUGAA